CGUGUGACAAGAAAUGUCCCUGCUUGUAGGUCAUCACCGCAUCAUGGAAGCCACAAAGGCGGCCCUCGUGAUGAUGGUUUUAAAAGAGGAAUGGCUCAUUCUGGGCCAGCUUCGGAGGCGGCAGCUGAGUUGAAGAGUUCAAGCUGUCGCAGAUUUGAGUAG